AUGCCCAACUGCUUUAAAAAGACCUUGUUUGUCUUGGCUUCUGCAUUGAGUUUUGUGUCUUUUCUCUUGAUUGUCAUUGCUAUGGGGACCCAAAAGUGGAUGACUGGCAAAAUCCUUUGUAAAACAGGAGCUGAUUUGGUCAACGCCACAGACCCAGAGCUAGUUAAGUUCAUUGGAGAUAUUUACUACGGACUCUUUCGGGGGGGCAAAAUACGACAGUGUGGUUUGGGUGGGCGGCGUUCCAAAUUCACAAUCUUCCCUCAUCUGGUGAAAAAGCUGAAUGCAGGCCUUCAUGUGAUGAUUUUAAUCUUCCUUUGUGCGGCCAUUUCCUUUGCUCUGGUCAGUUUUGGAUUCUGCAUUCUCAAUGCAAUAAAAGUUCCAUUCCGAGCUAUUAAAGGUCCAGCAGGUAUUUGCCUAUGGAAUUUACUUGCAGGAGGCUUUACAUCACUGGCAGUCACUAGCUUUAUAGCUGCUGUUAAACUUCAUCACCUCACAGAAAGAAUUGCCAAUUUCCAGGAAAAUGUCUUUCAGUUUGUAAUUUUGGAAGAACAGUAUGAAAGCUCCAUUUGGCUUUGUGUGGCUAGUGCUACAUCUCAUGUAGUAAAUUUGUUGCUAAUAGCCAUAAGUGGGGUUCAUUUCCCUGAAUUCAAGACUAAAACAGAAGAGGCGACUGUUACAGCAGAAGAUAUCAUGUACUGA